AUGAUCACCAUCCUUGUUUACAUAUCCCAGAGCCGGAACCUCGACUGGAGAAAGGAUACCUUCUGUUUGAACGUCCCACUCAAUUUUCCCAGGUCUACAAGCAGAUGCACAUACAGUAUUGCAGCCAAGGCUGGGACAGAGUUCAUAGAAGCCUUGCCCGACACAGGGGCCCAGGUCAACAUCAUCUCAGCCCGCUUGGCUCAAAAAUUGCGUCUUGAGCCUCAAUCUCAGACAGAGCGGCUGAUUCAGUUGCCGACGGGGGGUCAAGUCGAGUCUCCAGGCCGUCUAGAGGUUCCCUUUACUUUCGGAGAGGAAGACAAAGUGACGAAUCUGGAAUGCUUCAUUCUCCCCCAUUCCACUCACGAUCUGAUUCUCUCAGGUCCCUUUCUCCGUGCAACUGAGACUUUGACAAAGUACAGGAACAGAAUUGUUACUGACUUUCGUCACAAAAAGUCCAGGCGAAUCGGACUACGCCUUCUUGGGAGUACGAGGCGGUGUCUCCAGGUUCUCAUUGAUGGGCAGCCUGUCGAGGCUCUGCCAGAUACGGGAUCAGACGUCAUGGUCAUGUCUUACGCGUACGCCCUAUCCCGCGGCUUCAAUAUCGACGAAGAUUUUCAGCACUUUCAUGUCGUUGAGCUAGCUGAUGGUUCUGAAUCGUUCACAUGCGGCCUAGUCCGUGGGGUAGAGUGGACGUUCGUUGCGUCACGACAGAGAGUCAAGUGUGACUUUUAUGUGCUUCAAGACUUGUGUACGGAUGUAGUGCUGAGCAACGACUUUUUGUUCGGAUUGGACGUGUUUUCAAAACAAUCCGAUUCCCUGUCAGAGCUAUCUGACAGUCGAGACUCUUCAGAGUUGUUGCUUAUCAGCCUGAAGGGUAAAGGUCAAUCCAAGUCACCACGGCAUGAGGAUUCGGCCAAUAUUGAUUUGACUUCUAAGAAUGCUUUCAGUCGCCAGGGAGUACUGGCCGAACUCAAUCGUCGCGACAAUUUUGACGAGAGGAUCGACGCGAUGGACCCUGGCGAACAAGAAGUUGCCAGAAGAACCGAACUCGAGAGACGAAUAAUAUGGGAGGAGGGUCGACAUAUGCACGAGUUACAUGUAAUACUGUCUCUCGACUGUCUGGAUGAUUGUACGCUGCUAGUGGCUGCAUCAACACAAGACGCCGACACGGCGCCGAGUGAAAGGAGGUGGUGGUGGCCUUUCAGGUUACAUGCAAGAAUGCAUGACUUAUUAAACCUCAAGGCCCGGCGAAGACAUGGGAGUAGAAGUUAG